AUAGAUCGGCUGUCAAUGUUGAAAUAUAUUGACCGCUUUAGUAUUAUUCGUGUAUGAUUACACGUUCCAAGUCGAAGAAUUAUCAAAAAUUAAAUUUUCACCGAAAAAUGUCGAACAUUUUUGGUUUUUCCGAGGAUAUGCUGCCUCGACAUUUUCCGAAGGUUCACCGGGCGAAGGCACUACAGCCGGUAGACGAGACAGUAAUUGUUACUCCACAACCGACGCUGCCCAGUGUUUCCCUGAUAUGUACGAGCGAAAACAGCAUAAAACCACAACACCCGAUUCGAAAAUGGAAUGACCGGCAAUGCCAUGCCAUAUUACAGAAUGAUUCAAUGAAGCACCAAGCUAAAUCAGUGAAGAAACAUGUCCGAUUUGUAGCCAACAAUGGGGACAUCAAUCGCUACAUUUCAACUGAACGCAGAGAUGCUGAUGUUCGAUCAAAGCUGGAAUGCAGUUUUUUUGAGUCUCAACAGAAACAUCGACUUUAUCAGCCAAGGCGAAUAAAAUCGGAAGUUGCUGAUAACAUAAGACAAACGCCUUACGAGAUGAGCUUUCUAGCAACUGAGGCAACGAGAGAAAAUUGUUUGUCUCGGUCUCGUUUCUUACCUUCUGAUUGUCACCAUCAAUUGCACGGAAAUGGCCCAAGUAAAAUCACAGAUCUGCAAGCAGAAAAUGUCGUAUACGGUCCACGUGAAAUGGUUAGCGAACAAUCCAGCCAGUCACACUCAUCGUACGAGAUUUUGUUGAACAUUUUGGAAGAACAACAACAUCACAUUGCCAUGCAACGGAAUCAGAUUCUAAUGCAAGAGAAACAGAAUCUGGAACAACAGAAAGAGAUUUGUAUUCUAGAGUAUCAGAUCCAGCAGCUGCUAUUGCAAAAGGAAGCUGUUGUUAUCCAAACAUAUGAACCGACGAGCAGUGCGAAUAUUUAUAAGACUAAAAGCGUAUUUCCACAAGAACCGCCAAUGGAUUUCGGUUGCAAAUUAUCAGGAUUUUCAAACGAUACCAACAAUGACCAAAGUGUAAAGAAUUUUGGAGUCAGUCAAGUUACGAACGUUGCGGUAUCAAGCUUUGUGUUCGAUACGUAUGGGGCAGCAAAUUCUGCGAUUUUUUACAACAACAUUAACGAAACCGUUUCUGCAAGCCCACUCUCUUCUACAAGCCCAGCUACCACACCAUCAUGUAACAGUUAUGGACAAUCCCAGUUGGCAUUGGACCGGAGUUUAGUGUUGAAUAUGCUGAGAAUGAAAUAUAAAUGUUCAGAAGUGGAAAAAUCGUUGGAUGCCAACCAACGCCAAAGCGACAAUCAUCAAUUUUCUGAUGAUAUUCCGUUUGAUGUGUACGAUUAUUUGGUACGACAUGGAUUGAUCGCGAGACAAGCUUAAUGGCUAGAGCUCUAAUUUUCUGUAUUAAUAAAAUGCAACGAAGCGACGUUGUUCAAUUUGAUUAA